GCGGGACUCUGUGGGAAACGCGAUGCGCUUUGCCGGAAAAUCCCAGUGAAAAGCGAUCGUCGGCGACGGGAUAACCUUUAAAUUCGGAAAACAGGUGUUUCGCGUUGGCGAAAAUUCACCGGCUGUAGCGGGAAAACUUUAUUGCAGAUACAGUGAUGCACGAUCAGUGCUAAAUUUUUGAUUUUCCGGUUUGUUGCGAGUUGAUAAAUUUACUUUUAAGAGGUGAAAAAUUUUGAAAGUUUGGAAAGAGUAAAAAAUGUUUGAUAGGUAAUAAAGAUAUAGCAUCGACUUCAAUUUCAACUGUUCAUAUUGCGAAUUAUGAAAAUCGAUAUAACUGAAUGAUUGUAAUGUUCAGACUGAGUAUGAUCAUCAGCUGCAUUUUCAUGACAAACACCGCUAUGGAGGAGAACUUAGCAUCGAAUCUCAUCGACACGACGUCCGAUUUAUCCGAUUUCGAUAAAUACGCAGUCACCUGCUACAUUUGCGUGAACGUUUCCGACAAUCUAGUUUGUAAUCAAUUCGCUAUAGAUAGGCCUUGCAAGCCAGGAGAAACAUUUUGUCACACCCUGCACAUAAUGGAUUCAAAAGGAACGAGCGUGCUGGUGAACAAAAAAUGCACGACCGAAAAGGAAUGCCAAAGAAAUAAAGUGGGAUGCGUGGAAAUCGACGCCCAAAUGAUGUGCGUGUCCUGUUGCGAUCAGAACUACUGCAACGUGAACGUGCCGACGAAUUCGUCGACGGCGAUUUUCGACGAUAAAAUUUCGAAGAUGCGGAUGCUCGCUAAGAACCUGUUCAGGGAGAGAGAAAAAGCCCUAACGACCACCAUUAAGGAAUCGAAAGCCGCGAAAUCGCCGUCCAGCUGGUGGAAAUCGCUGUUCCUGGCGCACUUUUUGUUCGUCCUGGUAGCGGGCACUUAAUAAGGAAUUCAUUCGAGUACCUAGGUUCACGUUUAAGGUGAAAUGCCCGUAUACAUGUGUCGCUUUAUCCUUUGUAAAUACCCUGCUUUUCCAGCGAAAUUACUUUAAAGGACUAAUGGGUUUUUAAACACGCUAAAUUUGCCGCCCUCGUAGCUCUUUUGUUCGGUUGAUAUGUACUCGGAUUUCUUUGGAAUCGAUACCCUUUAAAGUUAGUCAAACAAAUACACAUUACAAAUUAUUUUAAGAAUUGCUAUAAUUCUUGAUUAAUUUGUAAUUAAGAUAUUUUUAUAUCCGUUUUCAUUCAUACUGUUUACCUGUAUUUGUUAACCCUUUUUCUAAGCUUUUGUUAUAGAACAAGUCAAUAUGUGUAUAUUAUAAUGGGCGCGUUCAGGGAAAAUAACCGUUGAGAAGUAGCAGUCAGUAUGUUGAGUCCGAUACCUGUCAACAGUUGAGUAUA